AUGCAGCAGGUCCAGCAGCUAAUAGAGCAGCAGGUGCUGCGGGCGGCGGCGGAAAUGGAGUCGCAGAUAGACAACGAGCUCCACAAGCUCGACAACAUGGACGACGACGACCUGGAGCGGCUGCGGCAGAAGCGUGUAGACGAGCUGAAGCGGCUGCAGCAAAAGCGGCAAGAAUGGGCGCGCAAGGGACAUGGCGAAUAUAGAGAGGUGGAGGAGAAGGAGUUUUUCAAGGAGAUGAAGGGGGAGGAGCGCAUGGUGGCGCACUUCUACCGCUCCUCGCUGCCCUGCCAGGUCAUGGACAAGCACCUGGCGCUGCUGGCGGGGAAGCACAUGGAGACCAAGUUUGUGAAGGUGCACGCAGAGAAGGCGCCCUUCCUCACAGAGCGGCUCAAGAUCUGGAUGCUGCCCACGGUGGCGGUCAUCAAGCACGAGAAAACAACUGACUAUGUGGUGGGCCUGGAUGAGCUGGGCGGCGGCGAGGACUUCUCCACAGAGGUGCUGGCGGCGCGGCUGGCGGCGGCAGGCGCGAUUUUUGAAGACGCGCUCCCGGCGCCGCAGCAGGCGGCGGCAGAGGUGCAGCAGCGAACGUUGCGGCAGGGCGGCGUGCGGCGGUCAGAAAGCGACGAGGAUUCCGACUUCGACUGA